GCGCAUACACACACAGUCUUGUCGUCUUCGUCUUCGUGCGUAUUAUUAUAUACGAGUGACUCGUGCGCGCUUCGAGGUUCGCUCGCAGCUUCCUGCAUGCAGUGUGCGCUUAUCUACGAUGUACGAGAGAUAUCGGCGUCUUUCUCGUAUUUGCGAGGCAUAAAUGAAAUAUUGUAAUUUGCCAUAGAGCUACAACGAGCGCAAGUUGCUCCGAGUCGCGCGCUCGAGCAGCGAGACAGUAUUUUUUUUAUUCAAAAGUGCCGCUGAUAAAUAAAUAUUUCGCUGUACCGAGGGGAGCCUCGAGUGAAAGAAGAGAAAAAUCCACGAGUGAAUACGAGUUUUCAAGUGCGACCGGUGAUUGAGCUGGGAACGUUUAACGAUCUAUUGACGUCACCGAGCAGCACUUGUUCCUUCGCAAGCUCGCAAUAUACAUCCGCGCACAGCUGGUGUGCUGCUGCUGCUGCUUCUGCUUCUACUGCUUCUGCUGCUACUGACACACAUACAGAUAUUGCUGGCAGGAGCAACGAUCUCGAGCACAAUCAGCAACCCCUACGCAAGCUCGGCUCGCUUUUUUUUUUUUUUAAAUGAGGUGACAGGGCGUGAUAGGACAUUCGCAGUUGCCGCAGCGAGCUCGAGCAGCAAGCCGAGAGUAGUAGGAUAGAGGACACGACACGAGCGAGGCGAGGCAGAGAGAGAACGAGAGAUAGGCGAGCGCGGGACAGCGAGAGGCUAGAGAGAAGAGAAAACAAUGCCAGUCGGCGGCCGCGUGGCCGGUGGAAAAGGAGGCAGCGUUUACAGCUCUUCGCACAAUGGUCGAGCCCACAGCGGGGUCAAUGAGACGAUUAUCUGGACGAGCGUCGGCAUGGGCAUCACCAUCACCCUCCUGAUCACCAUAGCGCUGUGCUACAUCGCCCGCGAGAAGUGCAAGAAGCGCCACGAGCCCUACAGAUGACGCAAGUAUCCGCCCCGCUCGUGGACCUUCCGCUACAAUCCACCGGCGGGCAUAGUCGUCAGCCCGACCCUGUCGGCGUCGGGCCGGCCGAGGGCCUACUAUCUUACCAUUUGAGACGCUUCGUGGAUCGACGAGGGAUUGCUGCUGCCACUCGUCAGCUCUUUGCGAUUUUUUCAAACUUUUCUUACGUAAUGAUGAUUUUUCGCUAGGCAUUUUUGUACUUUUCUAUAUAUAUAUAUAUAUAUAAUGCAUUUAGCCGCGUGUACAUUACUUGAUACUAAAUAAGCGCGAGGACAUUAUUCCGCGUGAAAUGAUAAAAGCCGAGACAGAUAGAUUGCAGUGAUAUUACUAGUGCGGAGAGUAGCGUUAGCCCCACUGUGCGCUUCUCGUUCAACUGCUAUGGAAUAAUAUUGUUUCACGCGCGAGGCACAAAGUACGCGUGGAAUAAUUAAAUUAUGCGUUGCUCUAAAUUCACACGUCAAAGCUUUCUCUCGCUCGCUGCCUCGCUCUUUCUCUCGCCCGCGCGAGCCCAUUUCUGUAUACGUUGAACUAGCGUCGGUAUGUGUGUGCGCAUGUGCUUGCAAGCUCGACAGACUUUACUCUCUGCGCUCGGUAAAAUUCCAAAGAGUAAGUAGUGAGAGUAAGUGGUUGUAGUGCUGCUGCACCGGCUAGCCUGCAUCCUGCUAGCUGCAAAUAUAAGAACGUGGCCCGCACACACACACACACACAAAUGCGUACGUAUAUACAGUUGACUGUAUGCUGCGGAGCCCCGGGUAAUUGAGUCGUUUCGUUGCAAGCUCUGUGCUCGAUAAAGAGACCGAGGCAGAGAAAGAGAGAGGGAGCUCGGGUCACUAACGCUGAAUGUGCGUGGCGGAUUAACGACACCUUGUCUCGAGAUGCAGUCCAGCUGCAAGACGCGCAAACUCGCUCCAACUUAUAAUUUAUGUGUAUCUUUUCUUUAAAAAAAAGCCACGGUAUAAAUAGCACGAAGAGUUUUUCUUAUUGGUUCUAGAGUGGCGCUUCGGAAACUAUAAAGUGGCUAAUUUAUAAACGAUAAAUGAAUUUUCAAAGUAAAAGAAAAUUAUAUACCUUUAGGGAUCGACUGUGUAUAAUAACCUGGAACUCUGUAGCGGGUAGAGAAUAAGAUAAUCUCUCAGAUGAAGAAUAAUAAUCUGAAAAAAGGCAAACGCCCUUAACAAAGUGUAGCAAGUUUCUAUUCUCUUCGGAACUCGAAACGCGAUGCCCUUUGUUAAGGGCGUUGAAUAUAUAUAUUAUACUAUAUUAUAUAUCGUAUAUAUCUGUAUAUAUUAAGUUCGUGGAAAAAAAUACGCUUGAUUAUUUUGAAGAGUAUCACCACCGCGCGAAAUAUAUACGGGGCAGAAAGAUGAGAUAUAUAGACUUAUCCGAUCGGUGCGGAGACGACGAGCAGACAUUGCUCGCGCACACAUACCCAUACACAUCCUUGGCUCGCUGCAGUGCCAGUGCUGCUGCCGCUGCUGCAACGAAGCGUCGUCGUCGUCGAUGUCUCUCGUGCGCGCGCGAACUGAUCGGAAAAUUGAUUGGGUUUUCGCCCUCGUGGUGUACGCUUGGUUUAGUUUGACCCUAUUUUCUUCUCCUUUUUUUUUCUUCUCUCGCUGGUGCUGCUGGUGCCGUUGCUAGCUGCUCUCCUAUAUGUGUGUAGUGUACGCCACCGCGCGCCUGCACGAGAAUUCACAGCAAUGAUAUCGUAAUUUUCGAGCGAAUUGCUAUUUCAAUGGUAAAAACGAUUUAUCGAUAUAGGUUUCGAGGGAGUAAUUUUUAGUAAAAAUUGUAUAAAUGCUCGAGGGAAAGAAUUUUUAUAUACGUACUUUGCUUUGUCUGUACGUACUGUACAAUCGAGAAAAUGAAAAAUAAAUGACAAACUAAACGAUAAACUGUAUACAUAAUUAAAACAGAAAACUAAAAAGUAAAUUAAAUAUAGCCGCAUCUCAUUAUUAUUCAUACUACUAGUAGAGCGUAAAAUAAUCCAUGAAUGUGUAAAUAUAUGCUUACGAGCAUACUCAAGUUUGUUUACGUAUUAUAAAUCAUAUAUGACAAGAUAAAACUCGAUGGAUAUUUUCAAGGGUUUCAUAAAGGGUUGUUUGUUAAAUGAUACAUAGGAAAAUAUGCGCAUAUAAAUUUCGUCUUACGUGAAAAUUAAACUUGAAUAUUUUAUAACGUAAAGUUACAAAAAAAAAUUAUAUAUAUUAUAUUAUAUAUAAAUUAUACAGUGCAUUAUUAUCGAGUUAAUUAAUAAUUAAUGCAAUUAAAAUGUAAUACAUCGAUAUAUUGUAACCUGCAUUGUCAAUGUGGCAAAUAAAUAAAUGAUGAUAAAUGUGUUAAAACGAUAAAUUUAUAAAUUUCUAUAGCUUAUUAAAUUUGCGCGGAAAAUGUAGAUGCCUACAAUAUACUCUCAGUUAUUAUUUAUAUAUUAUGACGAAAAUAUUUUCUCUGCAUUGCAACUGGCAGUAAUUUGCAGGCUAUUUUUAUGAUGUUCAUUUCUUUUUUUAUAAUUUCGCGACUAAUAAUAAUAGUACCUCGAGCAGUUAAAAUCUCAACUUCGCGGGGAUUUCUUUUUACAGCUGAAUUAAAGUAAUCUCGAGCAAAGUUAAAAAGAACUUCUCAAGCUUAAUGUAGUAACUUGAAAUAAUUUUUUCUUACUCGAAUAAUCUGACUCGAGAAUAUUUAAAAUUUUGAUAGAACUUAUGAUUAAAAUUAUUGUUAUGGAAUUUGAAGACGAUUUGUUUAAAAAUAGUACAUCAUGUAGCUAGGCCAGAAAUAAAAGGUAAAUCUUAAAGCACGUACAUUUAGCGGAAGAAGCUGAUAAACCGAGGCUUUCUUUAAAGACGGCGUAGGUGCGUGAUGUACUAUUUUUCGUGAAUCCCCUGGCAGAAAGUAAAAACGUCUUUUUGCGCCAGCCAAAAACUGUUACUUUCAGCUGGGGUAUCACGAGAAUUAAUUUUAUUGAAGCGUUGCCAAAAAUAUAGAUAAAAAUAUUAAUAAACGAGUGGAUAAUAUAAAAACAUAAUAGGAUAUAUCGUUUAUAAUGCAGUGGAAGAAACGUAAGAAUAAAAUAUUGUCUAUCUUAAUAAUUACGCAUGAUUGUCAUAGAUGCACUGAGAACCGACGAACAUAUGAACUGAAUAUAUUCUAAAAAUUUGUGCCGACGUAGUAAUUUAUAUUUAUUGUUUAUAUAAAUAAAAGUCCUGUCAUUUCCUAGUAUUUCAUAUUUUUUAAAAACAAUAAUAAUGUAUCGAGGGUGUUGGAGGCACUAAUCGAAUGUACAUGAUACGACAAUUGACGAUAUAUUUAUGUUACGUUGCAAAAUAUCAGUAUUUCAAAUUUGUAUUCACUCACAUUUGUUUCGGUGCUCAGCUGAUGAUUGUUAUUCGAAUUAAAAGGAAUUUUAUUACAUUUUGUAUAAUUGAUCAAAUUGAGCACGUUGAACCAAUGACUAUGACAAUGAAUAUGAAAUAAAAUCUCACUCGAUAAAGCAAAGUGGAAUUAUUUGCCGAUUACAGAAACACGAUUCAUUAAUUCUAUAAAACGUUAAUUUUUCGAGUUUUUUGACUGUCCACGUCCUCGAAAUCUCAAGGGAUAAGCUUAAAAAUGUAAUUGUUACAGCGGACUUGAAUAAUUUGUUACCGUGAACACGAUGAAAAUCGUUGUAAUUGAA